CUUCCAGAGCCAAAGAUGUUUGUCUUGCUCUAUGUUACAAGUUUUGCCAUUUGUGCCAGUGGACAGCCUCGGGGUAAUCAGUUCAAAGGAGAGAGCUACUCCCCAAGAUAUAUCUGUAGCAUCCCUGGCUUACCGGGACCUCCAGGACCCCCUGGAGCAAAUGGUUCCCCGGGGCCCCAUGGUCGGAUCGGCCUUCCAGGACGAGAUGGUAGAGACGGCAGGAAAGGAGAGAAAGGUGAAAAGGGGGCUGCAGGUUUGAGAGGUAAGACUGGACCCCUGGGCCUUGCUGGAGAGAAAGGGGACCAAGGAGAGACUGGGAAGAAAGGACCCAUGGGACCAGAGGGAGAAAAAGGAGAAGUCGGUCCAGUUGGGCCUCCCGGAGCAAAGGGGGACAGAGGAGAGCAAGGGGACCCAGGGCUGCCCGGAGUUUGUAGAUGUGGAAGCAUUGUACUCAAAUCUGCCUUUUCUGUUGGCAUCACGACCAGCUACCCAGAAGAAAGGCUACCGAUUAUAUUUAACAAGGUCCUCUUCAAUGAGGGAGAGCAUUACAACCCUGCGACAGGGAAGUUCAUCUGUGCCUUCCCAGGGAUCUAUUACUUUUCUUAUGAUAUCACAUUGGCAAAUAAGCAUCUGGCAAUCGGGCUGGUCCACAAUGGGCAGUACCGGAUAAAGACCUUCGACGCCAACACAGGGAACCAUGACGUGGCUUCGGGGUCCACGGUCAUCUAUCUGCAGCCAGAAGAUGAAGUCUGGCUGGAGAUCUUCUUCACUGACCAGAAUGGCCUCUUCUCAGACCCAGGUUGGGCAGACAGCUUGUUCUCUGGAUUUCUCCUAUAUGUUGACACAGAUUAUCUAGAUUCCAUAUCAGAAGAUGAUGAGCUGUGAUCUGGACUCAUGUCCUGAAUGUUCCAAGAUUCUUGUGGCAGACACUUUGAUCUAAUCUGGGGCCCUGGAAGGUGCAGCAAGCAGAAACGAGAUCCAAAGAGACUCCCACUCAGAUUCCAAAGCACUUACAGAGAACUCUAGCAGCAUCUAUUAAAACAAGAUGAACCACCAAAUGGUUGAAACCACACCAAAAUGAAUUCUAUAAAACAAUAACCCCAGAUAAGAAUCCUCUCGAAAGCAAUGUUCAUAAAUAUUUAAAGAAAUUAAAGACA